AUGGCAUUUUCGGGGACCGUGAGAAUCGGCGACCUGGACGAUUUUAUCGGCCCCGGGCUCGAAUGCACCAAACCGGUCGAUAUUCAAAAGCCGAAACGAGGCCAGGUCGGCCGUGUAAAAAGAAAUAAAGAUGGCAGCUACGCCGACUCGUCGGGUAAGAAGCUCGAAAAGGCGAAAAUAACACUGGCAGACUGUCUUGCUUGUUCUGGUUGCGUCACCUCUGCCGAGACAGUUUUGAUCACCGCCCAGUCUGGGUCACUGGAUGAGUUCUACUCUGUUUUGCGCAAGAAAUCGUCGAAAGUUGUCGUCACGCUAUCCCCUCAGUCGCGCAGUUCACUCGCUCAACGGUUUAGCGUGGAUGAACUUACCAUUUUGAGAGGACUAAGAGCGGUUCUGCAUAAACUGGGCGUGUGGAAGACGCGCGAUUUGACUCCCUUCCGCGACGUGGCUCUAGAAGAGGUCAAGAAUGAAUUUCUCGCACGCCUCAACAGCCAAGCUCAAGCGGCCAAGGGUCCACUGCUUUGCUCCGCCUGUCCUGGUUUCGUCUGCUACGCCGAAAAGACGCAAGGAGAUCUGCUCGUUCCGCAACUCUCAAAAGUACGCAGCCCACAGGAAAGGAUGAAAACAUUGCAAAUAGCUGUCAAUUGCACAAGUUUGCGAUCGCAGUUGAGAAUCCCUGGGAAAGCAAAUUUCCGGCAUGAGUCUGAAGCGAUCGCUGCCAGACGAAGACAUUUACCACGUCACUGUGAUGCCAUGUUUCGACAAAAGCUCGAAGCGGCCAGACAGGAAUUCCAAAUCGAGAGCAAUGGCCGGGUUGUUAAGGAUGUAGACUGCGUUCUGGCCACAACCGAGAUCGAAAAAUUGCUAGUCGACAAUCUCGAAGAGGACGAUCUGGAAACCGUCGUGGCUUCUUUCGAGCACGAGGACAACGACGGAGAUGUUAUUUACUCCCAUCGUGGCGGAGGCUCUGGAGGAUAUCUCGACUACAUCUAUCGAAGCGCAGCGGAAUCUCUCUUCGGCCAAAAACCGACGGGAGAAUUGACUUUCACCAAAGUCAGAAAUAACAAAGAUUUUCUUGAAACGACGCUAGAGAUCGAUGGCGAAGUUAAACUCAGAUUCGCAAAGGCGUACGGUUUCCGAAGCAUACAGAAUCUAGUGACGCGACUGAAAACAAAGGGACUCGAGUUGAAGCGAACUUAA